CUUUGGCAUAGACGUGGGAUUUUGGAAACCAAGGGUUGUGGCUGUGGGGGUGGCUCAACAGGAAUCCCUUAAUAUGAGUGAUGACAAACCUUUCCAAUGUACUGCUCCUGGGUGUGGACAGAGAUUUACAAAUGAGGAUCACUUGGCUGUCCACAAACACAAACAUGAGAUGACCCUGAAGUUUGGCCCAGCAAGGAACGACAGUGUCAUCAUUGCUGACCAAACACCUACACCUACCCGCUUUUUGAAGAACUGCGAGGAGGUCGGACUCUUCAAUGAACUUGCGAGUCCGUUCGACCAUGACUUCAAAAAAGUGACUGAAGAUGACAUUAAAAAGUUACCGCUGGAUUUGUCACCUCUCGCUACGCCCAUCAUACGCAACAAAACCGAGGAGCCCACAGCUAUCGAGGCUCAUCGAGAUAGCCCUCUGCCUCACCCAGAAUCUACUACAAAUGAUGACAAGGAUUUAUCUUUGCAGCCAGCCUCACUGCCAACAUCCACUAUAGUCCAUCCUGCAUCCCUCCAAGUUCCCAAUGUACUUCUAGCAACCUCAGAGGCUAGUGUUGUAAUACAGCAAGCUCUCCCAUCACCAACAUCUAGCUCUGUUAUUACGCAAGUCCCAUCCACUAAUAGGCCUAUAGUCCCGGUGUCUGGCACCUUCCCUGUGCUCUUACAGCUGCCUAACGGCCAGACCAUGCCAGUCGCUAUUCCUGCGUCUAUUACAAGCUCAAGUGUACAUAUUCCAACUACAAUCCCCCUUGUCAGACCUGUCACCGUAGUGCCUAAUGUCCCCGGGAUCCCAGGACCUCCCUCGCCACAGCCACAGACGCAGCCACAGCCCGCCCAAUCAGAGGCAAAGCUGAAACUCAAAGCCACGUUAAGCCAGCCGCUUCCUCAGGUAACAAACGGAGAUGGUGGUGAAGUCCAGAGCAGCGCCAUAACACACACUGCUGCUCCCACCUCUCCUGCUCCGACCCCGACCCCGAUCGCGGUCCUAACUCCAGCUCCGGCUCCUCAGCUGCCUGCGACUGAGGAACCUUCUCCCCACUCCCUCCAGCAGCCGGCCACCUCCACCACAGAGACACCUGCUUCCCCAGCACCUCCUGCACCAAACCCUCCAAGCACAGGCGGCCGGCGGCGCAGAACCACAAGCGAAGACCCUGAUGAGAAGCGGCGCAAGUUCCUGGAGCGCAACAGGGCCGCAGCCUCUCGCUGCAGGCAGAAGAGGAAAGUGUGGGUCCAGUCUUUGGAGAAAAAGGCUGAAGACCUCAACUCCGUGAACGGACAGCUGCAGAAUGAAGUCACCCUGCUGAGAAACGAAGUGGCUCAGCUGAAGCAGCUUCUUCUGGCUCAUAAAGAUUGCCCUGUAACCGCCAUGCAGAAGAAAUCUGGCUAUCACAUCUCUGACAAAGACGAGAGCUGCGAGGAGAUGUCCAUUCCCAGCAGCCCCCAGAACGAGGCCAUCCAGCACAGCUCCGUCAGCACCUCCAACGGGGUCAGCUCCUCCUCCACGACCCCGGCCGUCUCCGCCCCAUCCAGCGCCACCACCACAUCAAACCAGAGCACAGAGGAGACCCAGUCUCAGCCUUCAGGGAGUUGAUCGUCCCAAACUGUGGCCGAGUGUUGACACUGGAGCGCCGUCGCCUCCUCAGCGUCUCUGACAAACAGAGGAAAGGGAUUCUCUCUCAGCUUCAGUUUGGACCACCGUGUUGUUAAUUUAUUCUUGAUAGCUUGUUUAUAUUUGGUCCAUUUUGUCCUCCGUUGGCGAUGCUUUUUUUAAAAAUGCAAAUGUUUUCUCUAGAAUUGAUGAAGACAAAAGAACAGGCACUUUAGGUGUAAAAUGUAAAACAAGUGGUUCUAAAAUGUUUUGUAUCUGUGCAAUUUAUUUAUUAAUCUUUCUAUAUUUUUUUUUAUUUAAAGGCUGAAGGUUUGAUCAGUGAGUUGUUAGAGACCAAACCAAAGUGUGUUGUGGUUCAUUUUUCUUUUCUAAGCACUAUGUUUAUGAUGAAGUUACAUAAAGAAUUGCCACCUUUUUUUUUUCAUUAGCUGCUUUUUUUCCAUUUUGCACAUUUUUGAGAGAUGACGGGUUUUUAGAGUUCGAGAGUCCACAUGUUAAGUACUGGCAGCUUUUUAGAAGUAGAUUUGAAUACUGUCACAUUACACACAUGUAAAUGGCUGAAUUAAAAAAAUUCUGUGAGUGAGAUCAGCUGUAGUUGCAUCGUGCAGUUUGAAUGUUCGAGCUCACCUCUGCUUGUAUAAAUAGUCUUAAGGAGGCGAGCUGGUUAGAAACGUGUGUUAUUUCAUCGACAUUCCACCUGUAGUCUGAUUGUUCCUGAAGCAGUGAUUGUAGGAUUGCAGUACCUUUUCCAUUACUCAAUCUUGGUGACUUCAUUCAGUGCCAUUAAUGUUUUUGUAUACAUUUUUAAUGCAGAUUAGCUUGAGUUUAGCUGUUCUCUCAGAUUAAGGGUCUCAUAGAUUCUCAGUAAGAAAAUAUCUUGCUCCGUAUACCGUCUUUGCUUUAUAAGUGACUGUUUAUGGCUUUAACGCAGAACACUUAAGGACAUCAUGUUGUUUUCAUGGUUGCAAUUCUCUGACAUUUUUAGAAAACAUUGUAAAUAACAUCAAUGAUACAUUGUACGUGAUCUUUCUAGGUGUUAUGUACUUUUUUUUUAUAGAGUAGUCUCUGGUUUCAGUAGCAGAGCCCUGUUGAUCACACGUUGGCAGUUGAUCUAAGCGAUGUUUCAGUCAUUAGGAUAGGCCUCUCUCUGACUCCUGUCAUGUCAAAUUAAAGCAUUCAGAUGUGAACUGGAAUCGCAUCUUGUAUAUUAGAGUAACACUACUACCGCCUGUAAGAAUUGUGAGCAUUUC